AUGAGCUCAAAAGAGACCGAUCUUCUCGUACAGUCUCUUCAAGCAGCCUACUCAACAACAAAUGACGGCUUCAUUGUACACUCGAUUCAUGCAUUUUUCACUGAAACUGGUUCACAAAACUCUGUCAGAUUCAAUGUCGAGCGCACAAGGGAUGGACGAAAUUUUCUGAUACGUUUUGUGAAAGCUGAGGAAAACGAGCGACUCUGUCUCCUUUCUGAGUUUUCUUUUCAACGAAAAGAAUCGGUGAAAGAUCGUUACUCAAUGAAUCCAAAGUUUCCAAAAGAUUUGCCAGACCCGGAAACGCUCAAAGCUCAGCUCAAAGCAACUACUGAAAUGUCUUUGAUUGAAAUUCGACCAUUUUCCACUCUUCCCACUUCGAAGUUGCACUUUUGGGUUAAAUCAAAGAAUCAAAUUGAUCCUGAUGACAUCAAAGAACGCCAAGCUUUUCUAGUAAAGCUCUCUGGUUACAAUCUCUUUAACGAACAUAACGAUGAGCCAAUCAACGAUUAUUUUACUUGGUUUCAUCAAUAUUUUUUUGAUCCAAACGAUUGGCUUUUCUUCGAAAUGGAUGAAAUCGACUUCUCGCUUUCUCUGACAGCUCUUUUCCUUCUCGCUUUCUCAUCAAAUUCCCUAGCCCAUUUACACAAGAGACACGGCGAUUCAACGAUUCGAUGGCCUAAAGUUAUCAUC